AUGCUUCACUCCACUGCUGUCGGGCCCCCAGAGGAGGCCCUUAGGAACCUCAGUAGGUGCUGCGUACUCACAUCGAUGCUGAACCUCUCUGAUGUCCCCGUGGACAGAGUCUCCAUGGCCAACACGAGCCCAGUUUGGACCUUCACCUCCGUGUCCCCCACAGAGUCCCCCGCCGGCCUCCAGGGCCUGGGUCUGCCUCUGCAGGUGUUCUUCUGUGCAGUGAUGGUGGUGAUCCUGCUGGUGGCGCUGUUGGGGAACGUGGUGGUGUGUCUGAUGGUGUAUCAGCGCUCGGCCAUGCGCUCCGCCAUCAACAUCCUGCUGGCCAGUCUGGCCUUUGCCGACAUGAUGCUGGCCAUCCUCAACAUGCCCUUUGCCCUGGUCACCGUGGUAACCACCAGCUGGAUCUUUGGGGACGUGUUCUGUCGAGUCUCUGCGAUGCUCUUCUGGUUCUUCCUCAUGGAGGGCAUCGCGGUGCUGCUCAUCAUCAGCAUCGACCGCUUCCUGAUCAUCGUACAGAAACAGGACAAGCUGAGUCCUCACCGAGCCAAGGUCCUGAUCGCUGUGACCUGGGGCUUGUCCUUCCUCUUCUCGUUCCCGCUCGCCGUGGGCUCGCCGCUGCUGCAGAGCCCGCCCAGAGCGCCGCAGUGUGUGUUUGGCUUCAACGCGGAGCCUGGUUACCACGCCUACGUCCUCAUCCUCAUGCUCGUCUUCUUCUUCGUACCGUUCUCAGUCAUGUUGUACACCUUCCUGGGAAUCCUGAACACCAUCCGCCACAACGCCAUCCGCAUCCACAGCCGCAGCGACAGCAUGUGCCUGAGCCAGGCCAGUAAGCUGGGGCUGCUGAGUCUGCAGAAGCCUUUCCAGAUCAACAUCGACAUGAGCUUCAAGACGCGUGCCUUUGCCACCAUCCUCAUCCUGUUCUCUGUGUCCACCGUGUGCUGGGGGCCCUUCACGGCCUACAGCCUCAUGUCCACGUUCAGCCACGGAUUCUACUUCAAAGACUCGUACUUUCAGAUCAGCACGUGGCUGUUGUGGCUGUGCUACCUCAAGUCAGCCUUAAACCCACUCAUCUACUACUGGAGGAUCAAGAAGUUCCGCGACGCCUGCCUCGACCUGAUGCCUAAGUACGUAAAGUUUCUUCCUCAGCUUCCUGGAAACACCAAGCGCCGCAUCCAGCCCAGUGCGGUGUAUGUGUGCGGCGAGAACCGCUCGGUGGUUUAA